AAUACUUUCAAGUCUUUUCGAAGAGAACGUUUACAAUAUUUUCUGAAAAAUAGAAUUGAAAAAAACAUAAUUCAUAUUCUUCAUCAAAAAAACAUGGCGGAAAUACAUGAAAAUUUAAUAGAAAUGAAUGUAAGGCAAUUAAUCAAUUAUAGGGAUUUACCAAAACUCGAAAGCUAUACGAUUCUUAGACAAAUGGCUAUAGAAACGUUACAAACGAUAGAUAUUGUAAAACAAACUGAAUUGUCUAAAAUUAAUAAUGAAAAGAUGAAUUUAAUAGAGAAACUACAAGGUAAAGAGAACAGUUUAAAAGAUGAAAUAGAGAAAUUCUACACCAAUAAAAAAUCGUUAUUAAAUAUGUUUUUAGAUGAAAUAACUACUUUAGAAGAAUAUGAAGAGAAUCAAACAAAUAUAAUAAACGAUAUAACAAUUAAUGAACUACACGAAAAACUUGAGAAAUCUUUAAAAUUUUGCAUUAAAAAUAAGGCUAUUUUUGAGAAAAUUGAUAAUUUGGUGGAUAAUUUCCAAAUUGGAAAUAUUUGUUUUCCAAUAUUAAACAAUCCAGACGAUGAGGAAUGUUAUACAUUAAAUAUUAAUAUGAAAAAAAUCAUUUCAAAUUCAAUAACAUUCUUUGGAUUAUCUCAAAUGGGUAACAUCUUUGAUCUAACUAUGAAAACGUUCUAUAGAACAUCGCAUUUAAUUAAGGAUAUAUGUAUAACUUAUAAUGGAAAAUUAUCAUUUAUCGCUAAUUCUCGUUCGGGUAGACUUACCCUCUACAUCCUUUCGGAUUGUAAUCAUAUUACUCAUACAAUAGCUAUUCCAACCGAUAAAAAGCGUUUCUCCUACGACGUUCUAGAAAGGGAAUUUAUACUUUACGAAUCGAAUUUAAUAACAUUCGUUAGCCUUUCAAAUGGAAAACAAUUAAGAAAAUUGGAACUAAAUGAUACAAGAUUCUAUAAUCAUAGAAUCUUUGGAGAUUCUAUGUUCAUUUCUCUUCAAGACAGGAUUAUUACAAUUAAACUCGAUUCGUUAAUAAGAGAGGAUGUUAUCAUUAAUAUGAAAUCUGAAAACUUCAACCUUCGAAGAGCUAUUGUUGAAAAAAUUAAAAAUGGACAAUUUCUCCUAUCAAAUCCAACUGACUUGUACGUUAUUGAUCCUAUUAAAAAAUCAGCUUCGUCCUAUCAAACUAAUAGAAUAUUCCGUAAUGAAAAUCUACUAGAUUAUCGAAUUACUAAUCAAAAAGUAAUCUUUUGCUAUAGUUCUCUUCAAUCCAAUAGAAUUUUUACAUUUAAACAUUUUAGACUUGAUUUUAUUGAUUAUUCAAUGUAA